AUGGACUCAGUUUUAGUCAUAUUUAAAGUAAGUUUAUUUGAUAGUAAAUUAAACAUUCAUUAAUGUUUUCCAAGUAUUCGUUUCGAUGAAAUUGAAUAGUGUUUAUAUCGCUACCAGAAUAUGCAAGAUUAGUGUCAUCUGCAUACAUUCUGGGAUGAGAAUUAGAUAAACAAUUUGGUAAAUCAUGAAUAAAUACCAGAAACAGGAGCGGUCCUAGGAUCGUUCCUUGAGGAAUUCCGCACUUAAUGCCUGUUAAUACCUGAAAAAGGCUUUCGAUACGGUCAACCAUGAGAUCUUGUUGUCUAAACUCAGAAACUAUGGAAUUCACGGAGUUGCCUACAAAUGGUUUAAGUCAUAUUUGGAAGACCGCAGGCAGAAAUUGCCGCGGUCAAUAUUGUAAGUCCAACUAUCAGUGGCCUCAAGUAUAAGGCCGUAACCGUUGAAUGCAAAGAACGAAACCCUGACUGGCAUUUGGAUAGCAAAUCAUGUUCUAACAUCUAUGCAUAAAGUUGAUUGUAGAUUAUUCGUUCAAAGGCCUUGGCCAUUACUGCAUGAAAUCACAGAAAUUGGGCUGUAGUUAUUCAUUUCAUUCCGUGUACCUUGUUUAAAGAUUGGAUUAACUUUGGCACAUUAAUUUCCAAUCUUCAGGAAAUGUACCCAAUGUUAAUGAAAGAUUAAAAAUAUUGGUUAUGGAACUAGAAAUAAGAUCAGCACAUUCUCAAACAAGUCUGGCUGAGAUCUGAUCAAGACCAGUUGCUUUUGAUUUGCAUAGUUUGUUUAACACUGAAAAUACUUGAUCAUUGUUAGUUUGCGUGAAUUGAAACCUUUUGUCAGUAUUAAUGAGAUAAUCAGUGUAACUCGUAUGACUACUACUCACUGGAAUUUCCCGGGGAAAUUUAGUUGAAAACAAAGGAUUUCUUUGUCUUCUAAUUUUCCCUUGCAUGCUUGAUGAGGGAAAUGUAGAAGACAAAAGCGUAUGCAUGAGUAAUGAGGUAAAUUAGUGAUUAAUCGUAUCUCGCGAGACAAAGGAUUUCGAGGCAACUAUGGUAUUAUACAAAUAAAACAAAUUGUUAGGUAAUUUCAGUUCAGUCGUCAAACCAAUUUGUUCGCCUUUACAUUCUAAGAUUUUUUCUCAAAUUAAACGGUAAUUUAUGAAACUUAGAGCUUCGUUGAAAAGGAAAAAUGUUCAUGUUUUUAGGCAAAAAGUUAAGUGGCAGUCCCGCUAAGAGCGGUCCGAUGACUUUGACUUCGGAAAAUAGAUUUCCUUUAUUUUUUGUGUGUUGAAAGGCAUUGGUAUACAAGUGUCCAAAAUAAAUUUAUUUUUUGAAAAUUCUUUUUUAUGGCUUCGCUAGACGCCGAAACUCAUUUUACCCGUGCAGAGCUAAUUUCAAGCAAAAUCGAAGGUUGAAUUUCGGUAAAUUGUAGAGCCGCGCUGUGUCAAAACGCCUGACUAUUUCCAAAUUUCAACUAGAUCAAUAAGUUAAGAUACAAUUCAGGUUCCCUGUUCCAAAAAAUAAGAACAUUUGAAUAAAUUGUGAAUAAAGGACAGCAACUUGAUGGCACACCGGUUUUUGCUUCUUGUUCGGUCUACAAAAUUGCACUAAAUUCGAAGCCUGAAAUCUCCAAAUGGGGAACUAAAAUCACGCUGAAAUGUGUUUGGCUGUAAUGAUUUAUACUUAUUUUCAGAAGAUCUGAAGAAAAACCUGCGGGUAUCAAUCUGUAUUUGGCGCGAGUUAAGAUUUUCUGGAGCCCAUAAUCAAUGAUUUUUGCAUAAUUUAUAGCUAAUUAACAUAUUUCUAAUUGAGAGGCGCUAAAAGUUAACAAUUUCUUUCUGACUAACAUAUCUCAGAUGAAAGAAACUACCACAGCUAGUAAUACCCUUCUUGUAACUAUAGUCGUAAUGUUCUUUUCCUGACACGCUGAGAGAGCUUUGUUUUUUAAUGUUAUGCCACAUUUAUUCAGUCCCCUGACCAGAUUCAUAUAAAUGUCACGAACUUGUAUAUUUCAAAAAUAUACCAGAAAUCAGAAUUCAGAAAGACCGAUUAUUCUUUCAUUGAUUCAGUUGAUUGAUUUAGUUGAUUGAUUUAAAAAACUAUAAGUAUAAUAGAACAUUACACGUAUUUCCAUUGCCCCUAUAUAGGCCUAGAAUUUUUAUCAAUAUGUUCUAUUUUUCUGUGGCGACGGCAUAUUAACAAAAUACGACACAAAAAUGUACAUUCGAAUUUAUGACCGACAUAUCAGAAUGUUAUUUAUGAAGUUUGAAUUGAAUUUAUUUAACGCGAAAUAAAUACUAAAAUAGGAAUCAUAGUCUAUGCUGGGUUAGUAAAAGAAAAAGCAUAAUUUUAAUUUUAUAUGUAACUUCGAUGAAUACUAUAAAAAAAAUUAUACGCAUUGUUUAUAUAAAUUAGCUAACAUUUUUAACAAAAAUAUCAAUUUUAUAAAUAAUCGAAUUUCAAUAUUUUUCUUUGAAAAAAAAAAUAUUCGUGAGCUCCAUAGCUGAGAAUAAAUUUCAAAAGUUUGUGAAUUAAAAUUCACAAGACACAAGUUUGAUAUUUUUGUUAAAUAACUGGCUAAAACAAACGUCGCUACUAUCGUAAUAAAUAUGUAAAUGUUAUAGCUAAUUUAUAUAUUAAAACAAUGCGUAUAAUUUUUUUAUAGUAUUCAUCGAAAUUACAUACAAUUAAAAUUAUGCUUUUUCUUUUACUAACCCAGCAUAGAAAAUUCCUAUUUUAGUAUUUAUUUCGCGUUAAGUAAAUUCAAUUCAAACUUCAUAAAUAACAUUCUGAUAUGUCGGUCAAUAAAUUCGAAUGUACAUUUUUGUGUCGUAUUUUGUUAAUAUGCCGUCGCCACAGAAAAAUAGAACAUAUUGAUAAAUAUUCUAGCCCUAUAUAGGGGCAAUGGAAACACAUGGAAUGUUCUAUUAUAUACUUAUAGUUUUUUAAAUCAAUCAACUAAUGGCCAUCAACUGAAUCAAGGAAAGAAUAAUCGGUCUUUCUGAAUUCUGAUUUCUGGUACUGAUAUUUGAGGGCCCCCUAUACUUUUUGCGUGAAGCGUGAAGGGCUUAUUUUACUUCGCCGUGAAACGUGAUGGGGCCCCCUAUACGUUUUGCGUGAAGCGUGAAGGGCUUAUGAAAUGUGAUCGAUGAUUUUCUUAAUCUGUGACUCGUGAAAAGGCAAAAUAUUAGUUUUACGUGAAAGCAUAUUGUGAAGAGGUAUAGGGGGCCCUCAUAUUUUUAAAAUAUACAAGUUCGUGACAUUUAUGAAUCUGGUCAGACUGAAUGAAUGUGGCAUAACAUUCAAAAACAAAGCUCUCUCAGCGUGUCAGGAAAAGAACAUUACGACUAUAUUUACGAAGAGGGUAUUACUAGCUGUGGUAGUCUGUUUCAUCUGAGAUAUGUUAGUCAGAAAGAAAUUGUUUACUUUUAGCGCCUCUCAAGAAAUAUGUUAAUUAGCUAUAAAUUAUGCAAAAUCACUGAUUAUGGGCUCCAGAAAAUCUUAACUCGCGCCAAAUACAGAUUGAUACCCGCAGGUUUUUCUUCAGAUCUUUUGAAAAUAAGUAUAAAUUAUUACAGCCAAGCACAUUUCAGCGUAAUUUUAGGUCCCCAUUUGGAGAUCUCAAGCUUCGAUUUUAGUGUAAUUUUGUAGACCGAACAAGAAGCAAAAACCGGUGUGCCGUCAAGUCGCUGUCGUUUAUUCACAAUUUAUUCAAAUGCUCUUAUUUUUUGGAACAGGGAACCUGAAUUGUAUCUUAACUUGUUGAUCUAGUUGAAACUUGGAAAUAGUCAGGCGUUUUGACACAGCGCGGCUCUACAAUUUUCCGAAAUUCAACCUUCGAUUUUGCUUGAAAUUAGCUCUGCACGGGUAAAAUGAGUUUCGGCGUCUAGCGAAGCCAUAAAAAGAAUUUUCAAAAAAUAAAUUUAUUUUGGACACUUGUAUACCAAUGCCUUUCAACACCCAAAAAAUAAAGGAAAUCUAUUUUCCGAAGGCAAAGUCAUCGAACCGCUCUUAGCGGGACUGCCACUUAAAGCAACAAAAUUCGUAAACAUUAAAUAUUCAAAGAAAACUUGCCGUAUAUUUCACGAUUUCCCAUAGUAAAUCAAUUCUUCUCAUUUCUUCAAACAAAAUUGCUUCAAGCUUGUUGUAUAUGAAACGAUUUUCCAAAUUUAUGUCUUUUAAAAUUGAAAUUUUGCUAAUCCCACUUUCACAAGCAAUCAGCCAUAUUUUUGAGAUCAGUGAGAAUGACCACCCACUCAAGUUCGUUGGUCACGCCCGCGAUAUUUAAUGAACUUUAGACUUCGCUAAUGCUUGCGUUUCCCCGGGUGUAAAUAGCCGGGGAGAAUUAGUAUCCUCGCACGGCGCUUCGCGCCGUCGGCUCGGGGAAAAGAAACGCUUCAAGGUAGAAUGUCUUGUUUGUCAUGCUAUAUUUGAUUCGGACUAGCGAAAGAAACACAACGAAUUGUGCCAUAGCGCUCAUUUGAAGGCACACAAACAUAUUGGCUUCAAAGUUGCGGGGGCACCAGAUAACCCAUUUCAGGUAGGUUUGAUCUUAAAUUAUGGACAUGCCAACACAUAUAUUGAUAUUUAUACUUAAAUCAUAAGUAUAAAUAUUCAUUAAAUGACUCAACAGCUUGGGUUGGACAGCUUGGGUAGAUCAUACUGUUUGCAUUUUAUACAGUCAUUAAUUUGGUUUCUAACAGGCACAGACUGCCAAAUCUAAAGCGGGUAGCACUGCGCAAACAAAAACCACGACUACCAAUGUGCAAACACCUGAAGAAGACGAUGUACAGGAAACCAUCCCUUCUACGUCCGCGACUGAAGACUCUGAAGAAACAGUUUUAUCCUCUACUUCUUCCGCGUAUGACUGCAUGACAACAGGAUCUGAUCAACGACUAUGUCUAUUGUGUCUGACUUAAUGGAGCUUGACGAAUCCGCAUGUGACCCCAGGCCACGACGCCUACAAAAAAUCGUAAUGAGAAAGAACGAGAUAACUCUGAUGAUGAAUGUGAAUUUUCAGACAAUUCUGAUGAUGAGUUGAUAACUGAAGUCGAUUGGGUGCAAUGUGCUGGUCAGAUGGGCUCUCUUAUCUGUCAGAUGGCAGACUUGAAAAAAAACAUAGAGAGGUGUAUUGUUCCGAAUCACAAAAACUUUUUAAUUGAUGCAAAAGAAGCAGCGAUCUCUUGUAAGAAAAUGGCAAUCAGGCUGCAAAACAGCGUGGACCUGGAUCUUGCGAAAUACAACGAAGGAGAAGUGCCCGUGGCAGAAAGUGAUUUACCCGAUCCUGUCUCGAAAGAUCCAGGGCUUAGACCUUUGAUUACGACAAAGCGACAAAGGUUGUAUUUAGCUCAAAUUGGUCCGCAACAACCCAAACUUUUCAAUUAUCCGCCAAACGAAGAUAUCACGUCAAGCAGCAAACAAAAUCGUUUCACGGCUGUCUGGUUUUCGCAGUAUCCGUUUUUGGAAUACAGUACUGAAAAGGAUGCGGCUUUUUGUUUUGUUUGCCAAAUGUUCCCGAAAGGUAUAGAUCGAGAACGAUCGACGCAAAAUUGGUGUUCCACUGGAGUUAGAAAAUGGGACAAGAUGAAAAGCAGAGGAGCAGGGAAUCCGGGAAAACUUUCUGAACACUUCUCGUCAAAGGCACACAACGCAGCGUUUCUAGACUAUGUCCACUUCAUGAGUAAUAAUUCUCAAUCUCAUGUUGAUUCUUUGCUUGACACGGAAGUUCGCGCUAAAGCCGUUCAGUUGCAGGAAGAUAAGGAAAACAACAGAGCUAUUAUAAAACUGAUUAUUGACCUUUGUCGUACAAUGGCAAGGCAAGGCAUAUCUUUUCGGGGCACACAAUCGGACGCUGAUAGCAAUUUUGUCCAGCUUCUUUCCUUCACGUCAAAGCAUUAUCCAAAGUUGAAACAGUGGAUGGACAACAAACACAAUAGAGCAUACAAAGUUACCUACACCAGUCCACAGUCACAGAACGAGUUCCUUUCUCUAUUAGGUAUGGAAGUAAAGGAAAAAAUAACCAACGACAUCACGGACGCAGGAGUUUUUUCCAUAAUGGCAGACACAACCCUGACGUUAGCCAUAAAGAUCAAAUGAGCGUUAUCUGCAGGUACGUAGAUCACGACGGAGCUGUUCAUGAGCGUCUUCUUGACCUGAAAGAAGUUCGAGAAAAGACCGGAGAAGAUCAAGCCAUCGCUAUUAUUCAAUCAGUAGACCAAAACGGAUUAGACAACAAGAGCAUCUCUUUUCAAUCGUACGAUUUCACGAACAGUAUGUCUGGAAAAUACAAUGGUGCACAAGCAGUUGUCUCAUGGUUACUCGACAGAGAGGUACCAUACAUACCAUGCCAAGGCCAUCGUUCUAAUACCGUCAAUGAACAUGCUUGUGAAGCUAGUCCAAUAGUAUCCGAGCUAUUUGAUACUCUCCAAGCGACAUAUUCCUUUUUCUCUGGCAGUACCAAGCGGUAUGCUGUCUUGCAUGACGUACUUCAAAAUGUCGAGAACUCGCUAAUACUAAGAAACCUUUCUCUUACAUGUACAAGAUGGACAGCACGAGCGGAAUCUCUCCGACCGAUGUGGAUAUCGUAUGAAGCCGUGAUCGAAGUUCUAAGGAAAAUUUCAAAUGAUGGUUCUGUUGACGCGAAAGGAAAAGCUGCUGCAACUAGUCUGCUGGCUAAAGUUCUCCGGGUCGACUUUGUGAUCAGUUUAAUGUUCAUGGAAAACAAAGGUUCUGACGGAAUCACUUCAGAAAGAAGAUUUGAAUAUCGUUGAUGCUUUGGAAGCGUUGAAUGAUACAGUAAAAUCUUUGCAGGACAUAAGAAAGGAUGAUGAGGGAAUUGCAAAUCAUGAUCAGAUUCAAGCUUCAACUGACGUGCUAUCAGUUAAGGACGUGGAUGCUGCCGGUGAAUUUGCAAAGCUGCAUCGGCCACGCAGUCGACCACGCCGUUUGGAUGAUAACCCAGAAUCAGCCGCUGAAAUUUCAAUGAUGAACUUUUAUGACAGAGAAUUUAAAGAAGUUCUUGAUAUUCUAAUCGCACAGUACAAGGACAAUAUAAAUGCAAGUUUGGAGAAGGUGAAAGCACUUUUCAUAGUCCUCCAACCACCGCUGAGUUCCCAUCAUGAAGAAAAAGAUGUGAAAGAUCUUCUCAACUUAUUCUCGCUUCAAGCACCAGACCAAGCUGCGUUUACUGCUGAAUUCGAAGUUUUUGUUAAUGUGGUUAUGAACGAAGGAAAUACAAAUCCUAUCCAGUCAUUGGCUGAUGCUGCCAAAGAAGCUGAGAAGCGAAAACACAUUUUCCCGUUGACCAGUCAAGUUUACAGACUCGCCCUGACAUCUCCAGUGACAGUGGUAGGAAAUGAAAGGAUUGAAAGAACAUUCAGCAAGCUAAAGACUGUGAAAACCGCUUUGCGCAAUUCCAUGUCGGAUCAUCGCUUACAAAAUUUAAUUUUGCUAAACAGCGAAAAAGAUAUUACUGACAGUGUGGACCUAGACAUACUAGUUGAGAAAUGGUUUAUGAAAACCAACCGAAGAAUAAAUUUGUGA